AUGGCCUCCUCCGAUGAAGAAGAAACCAUAGGAUCCUUGGUGAAGGAACAGCAAGAACAUCAACCUUCACCUCGGUUGCAAAUCAAAAAGAAAUCAAUAGCAGAUAUGGAAGAAACUGAAGAAGUUACUGUAACAAAAACCACAGUUGGAAGAAGUAGGAGAUCAGUGGCUGGUUCUUCCUCUGCUUCCGAAACUUUGACAACUGUUACUGUAAAGAAAACAUCUGAAAAGAAGAAGUCUCCAAAGAAAUCGGACAAGGAUGAGGAAGAUGAAGAGGAAGUUGAGGAGGAUGAGGAGGAUGAUGAAUCAGAAGAAUUAGAAUUAGAAUCCGAGGACGACGAUGAUGAUUACGAGUCCGAAGAGGAAGUAAAAAAGAAAAAGAAAACAUCAAAGCCAACUAAAAAAAAGAAAGAAACAAAAAAGACCAAACAAGCUGAAAGUAAUGGCAAGAAAAAGAAGACCAAACAAGCUGAAUUACCAUCGGCUGAUGUAUGCCCUUAUCCACCGGACCAAACAACUAAACUUUCUAAAAAGGAUAUGAAAACAUUAUUCCGAGCUGCAGGUGUGCAAUCAAAUUUGGAUAAGGUCAAGCAGUGUGUCGAAUCAUUUGGCUUGGAUAAUGCGUUAGGAGCUAAAGAUUUGGAUGGAUGGUCUGCUAUGUUACAAGCUUGCCGAUUUGGAAAUCAAGAUAUUGUGGAAUAUUUGAUUGAGCAAGGUGCAGAUGUCACCACUCAUGCUUCGGAUAAACGUACAACCCUGCAUAUGGCAGCUCUUUGGGGUUAUUCCGAAGUUGUUGAAACAUUAAUUAAGCAUAACAAAUCACCAGAAUAUUUAAUGGCUAAAGAUGCAUGGGGAUUGAGCGCCCAUAUUCUCGCUGAACGUCAAGGUCACAAAGAAGUUGCCAAGACCAUACGUGCCUUGGUUCCAGAAGAUUUAUUAAAAAAAGAAGAAGAAGAAUUCAAACAAAAGAAGAGCAGAAAAAAGAAAACUGAGGGAGAAACUGUAAAGAAGGAAAAAACUACCAAAAAGACCACAACCACAAAGAAAACAACUACCACCAAGAAGACAACCAAAAAGAAAAUUCUUGAGGAUGACGACAGUGAGAGUGAAGAAGAAUCAAGUGCUGAAGAAGAAUCUGAAAGCGAAAGUGAAGAAGAAGUGCAAACAAAGAAGAGAAAGACACCCUCACGUGCAGCAAAGAAGACUGAGGAGGAAAAGAAGGCACCUGCCCCAAAGAAAGUGAAAAAUGAAGAACCCGUCAAGACUGAACCAGUGAAAAAAAGCUCAAGCUCCACCAAAGAAACCUCCUUCACGAAAGAACAAGAUCAUUGA